AACCCAUGAUGAGACCUCAAUCGAUUGCUCUGUGUUUGAUUCUGCUUCCUGCUCUCGAUCGACGCUUUCCGGUUUGACUGGUAGAGUCUGCUGAACGGUGCAUAGCUGAGUUGUGAAGAUACACAACUAUUUAAAGGUGAGGAGCGGGAUUUUCAUUUCAGGGGAGCUUCUCGCUCGCAGCUCACAGCAGCCAGCAUGGGUCGGCACUCGUCUGACAGUGAGGAUGACAGUCGCAGCAGGAGGAAGAAAAAACAGCGUCGCCGUUCAUCCUCCUCCUCCUCUUCUUCGUCUUCAUCCUCGGGCAGCAGGGUGACGAGCAGUCGCAGUCGGAGGUCCAGUCGCAGGAGUCGUUCUCGGUCCAGAGAGAGAAGGAGAAGAAGACGGUCCAGCAGCAGUUCGUCCCACAGUUCAUCUCGCCGGCGAAGGAGUCGAAGUGCAGAAAGAGACAAAGGGCGGAGCCACCGUUCACACAGGUCACGCAGCCGGGACCGGAGGUCUCAUUCUCGCCACCGGCGGUCUCGCAGUAGAAGCAGCAGCCGGCGUGGGAGCCGCAGCCGCAAAAGGAGCCCCAGCCACAGCAGAGAUCGAGACAGAAGCCGACGCAAAGGCCGCGACCGGGAGAGGGACAGAGAGAAGGAGAGGGACAGAGGAAGAGACAGGGACAAGGACAAGAGUAAAGACAAGGCAGAGAAGAAGGGGGACGCCGGGAACAUCAAAGCCAGAUUAGAACAUCUGACUCCAGCAGAGCAGGCUAAAGUCCGAAUGCAUAUGGUCCUGCAGGCUGCAGCUAAGACCGAUGAAGUGCUGAAGGCCAAAGUAGCCAAGAGAGAGGAGGAGGCCCGGAAGAAACUAGAAGAAGAGGGAACUUCUCUGGAGGAGCAAGUGCGAAGGAUAAAGGACAUUGAGGCCAUUGAGAGUGAUUCCUUUGUUCCUCAGGCUUUCAAAUCAUCCAGGGAUGAUAUAAAGACUGAGUCAGCUGAGGUGAAGCAGGAGUCAGAGAGGCCAUAUUCUCAGGACGUCACUCUUCCCUUGUCCAUAAUCUACAAUGACAGCGACUCACUUGCCCAUCCCAGUUUGUUCAUGGACAAGGAGAAGGCCGAGGAACUGUGGUUGAACAGACUGGUCUCACUGCGACAGGAGAGGCUCAUGGGAAGUCCUGUGACCUGAAGGGUGCUAGAAACCCAGAGGGUCCUUACAGUUCCAGUUUCAGCCUGCAUCUACGCCUCAUUCACUCAGCCAAGUUUCCUUUUACUGUGUCUCAAUCCCUGUUAUGUCUGGUUUUAGGACACUACAGUUCUUGUGUAUCCACUUAAUUUGUCUUAAUUAUUAUAUAGACUUGUGAGAACUUUAGUCAAUGAAAAAUGUUUGGUCCUGAUGUGUUUAUUUUUUAUUAAAGUAAAGAAGUGAAUGAAUGAAACAAUUGGCUGUUCUUAAUUUGGCUUCAUUUAUAUCGUGCAGUCAGGUAAAUUGCUCUAUUACCAUAUAGAUAUCUUUGGGUUUAAGUGGACCUCACAUAAAAUGUAUGUUUCUUCACCCAAGCCUUGAGACACUCGUUUCAUCCAGACAGCAGCAGUACCUUAUAUACUGUACUGCAGCCCAAAAGAGGUAAAAGAUAAAAAGAUGACCCUAAUUUCUUAGUCAUUGCAAUUGUUGCAUCCGGAAACAAUUUGAGUAAUCUUCUCACCUGUCAUGAACUUUGCACCCCUUUAAAAAAUACAAAGUUUAUUAUUUUAUCAAAGGACUGUUUAUAAAACUUUGACAAUCUAAGAAUGUUUACAUUUGAUGAUACAUUGACUGACAGGGUGUCUAUAAGUACUUGGGAAUAUGAAUCCAUGAAAACCUUUCAUUUAACGCACAUCUCCAAUUUAGUUAAGAAACUCAAAUUGAAGAUGAGUUUUUAUUUAAAUAGGAAAUCAUGCUUCACAUUCUCUGCAAAGAAAAAAACUAGCGGAAACCACCUUUUUAUCUGUGAUUGUUUAUGGUGUUAUACUGUACAGCCAUAUGGCCUCCUCCACCUUAAAAAGACUUGAUUCAGUGUA